UAGUAUGCAAUGGACUAUAUGACACAUUAUAUAUGGAUCACUUUUUAUCUUAUCACCAUCACUUUCACGAUCAUCAUCAUCAUAAUAAUAAUCAUCUACAUAUCUCCAUUAUCUUUAAACCUUUUGUAUGCUCACAAUUGCCAUACCUCUCCUCUUCACAAAGGUUCUAACUCGAUCCGAAAGUUGGGGCGAAUGGCGGAAAACAAGGAGUUGAAGGUGGAUAUGGGACAGGUUCGGGUGACAUCGCCGCCGUCGGGAGGGGUAGCAAGACAAGGAAGCAUGACAAAGAACAACUGCUUGUGUUCUCCGACCACCCAUGAAGGUUCAUUCAGGUGCAGGCUCCAUCGUACCCAUAGUGGCAUUCAACGCACCAAAAGUGUUAAUUCUGAAUCUAAGACACCAUGAAAACCUUCAUGACUCUUUGUUUUUAAAGUCAAAGUGCAUGUAAGUGGAAAACAAAAAACAUGACAUGUUUUGUGUUAUGUAUGAUAUGAUCAAAUUGGGUUUUUGACA